AUGCGCGUCCUGAACGUGGCCGAGAAGCCGUCCGUCGCCAAGGAGAUCGCGCACAUCUUGUCGUCGGGCCGGAGCACGCGGCGUCCCGGCUUUUCCCAGUACAAUGGCAUCUUUGAGUUUCCGUUUGAGCUCAACCAGCAGCGCGUCGAGAUGGUCUUCACGUCCGUGACCGGCCACCUCAUGCAGCUCGACUUCGCGCUGAGCCACCGCGGCUGGAAGACAUGCGACCCCGUUGACCUAUUUAGCGCGGCCGUCGAGAAGACCGUGCGCGAGGACUCGACGCAAAAGAAGAUCGAGCAGACGUUGAAGGCCGAGGCCGCACGCGCUCAGAUGCUCGUGCUCUGGCUGGAUUGCGAUCGCGAGGGCGAAAACAUUGCGUUCGAGGUCAAGGCCGUGUGCGAGAAGGCGAAUCGGCGGCUGCGCGUCAAGCGCGCGCGCUUCUCGGCGCUCAUCCCGCGCGACAUCCACGCCGCCGUGCAGAACCUCGUGCAACCGAACGAGAACUUGUCGCUUGCGUGCGACGCGCGGUCCGAGAUUGAUUUGCGGCUCGGCGCGGCCUUCACGCGCUUCCAGACGAUGCGCAUCCAAAAGAAAUUUCCCAACGUCCAAGCCAACUCGGAGAGCAAGGUCGUGAGCUUCGGCUCGUGCCAGUUCCCGACGCUCGGCUUCGUCGUCGACCGGCACUUGGCGAUCGAGGCGUUCGUCCGCGAGCUCUUCUACCACAUCCACGUGACGCAUGCGAUUCCUGACGUCGGCUCGAUCGUCUUUACGUGGGGCCGCGGCCGCGUGUACGACCACAUAGCAGCACUCGCACUCUACGAGAGCUGUGUCGAGGCGCAGAUCGCGACCAUCAAUUCGAUCAGCAAGAAGGAUACGUCCAAGCGCAAGCCGUUCCCGCUCACGACGGUCGAGUUCCAAAAGCGGGCGUCGCGCUGGCUGCGCAUCUCGUCCGAGCAAGCCAUGACAGCGGCCGAGGCCUUGUACAACCGCGGUCUCCUGAGCUACCCGCGCACCGAGACCGACAGCUUCAAAGAAGGCACCGACCUUCGCGCCCUUUUGGACUUGCAUGCGGGCCACGAGACGUGGGGCGGGUACGUGGCCGCGCUCCAGAACGGCAAGUUCGAAGCACCCCGUAGCGGCAAGCACGAUGACCAAGCGCACCCGCCGAUCCACCCGACCAAGUGCGUCCCGCUCUCGUCGCUCAACAAUGACGUCGAGCGCCGCGUGUAUGAGCUCGUCGUCCGGCACUUUCUCGCGUGCUGCUCCAUGGACGCGCGCGGCAGUCAAACCAACGUCACCAUGACGCUAGCAAGCGAGACGUUCACUGCGAGCGGACUCAUGAUCCUCGCGCGCAACUACCUCGACAUUUACGUGUACGAAAAGUGGGCCGCGACCGUGAUUCCAGUCUACGAGCGCGGCGACCGAUUUGUGCCCACAACGCUAUUGCUCAAGAGAGGCGAGACAGCACCGCCACCGCUCCUCACCGAGUCGGACCUCAUCGCCAAGAUGGACACGCAUGGCAUUGGGACGGAUGCAACGAUCGCCGAGCACAUCAACACGAUCCUCAAGCGUCAGUAUGCGAUCAAGGUCAACAACAACACGCAGUUCAAGCCCACAGAGCUCGGCCUCGCGCUCGUGCAGACCUACGACCGCAUGGGGUAUCAGCUCGCAAAGCCAGAUCUCCGCGCGGCAGUCGAGCGCGAUUGCAAUGCGAUUGCGCAGGGUCAAAAGUCCUGCGACCAAGUCGUCCGCUCGUGCAUGGACCAAAUGCGCACGAUCUACCAAAACGUCGUUGCGCGCUCCGGUGUCCUCGACGAGACGUUCCAAGGGUACUUUGGUGUGGCCAACCAGGACGCCGGUGCGGGCAACAGCCGCGUGGUUGACGGCGCGUUUAGCGCGUGCGGCAAGUGCCACCAGCCCAUGGAGCUCCGGAAGAAGCCCGAUGACGGUAGCCUCCUCGUCUGUCGGCGCUGCGACGACCAGUAUGCGCUCCCGAUGCUUGCCAACAUACAAAAGUCUACGACGCGCUGCCCGCUCUGCCAGUUUCAAGUGGUCGACAUCCAACGGAGCGCAGGCACCAACGUUUACAGUGUGUGCCCGCACUGCUUCAACCAUCCGCCCAACGCACGACUAAACGAGAUGCCGUGCUACAGCUGCACGGCCGACUGCGCGCUCGCCACCGGGACCCACGACUCGCCGGUGGUGCAGUGCUGCUUUCAAUGCGGCGGUCACCCCAUGAAGCUAAAAAAGACGAGAACCGGCAAGUACGUCGUCAGUUGCACCGACUACCAAAGCUGCAAAGAGUCGGUGUGGCUACCUUCGAGCAUCGCGUAUGCGUCCGUGACGUCGCACCCGUGCACGAACUGCUCUCGGCCGCAGCAAACGAUCCACCGCGUGACUUUGCGCUUCCUCACCAAUGCCUUGCCGCCCGACCUUCAAGUACGCAUUCUGGACAUGGGCAAUGAGCGCGAGACGUGUCUCUUUUGCGACGACGUCGUCCAAGAUCUUGCGCAAGGCCAGCUGCGGCUCAAGUCCAUGGCUGCCCCGGCGGCGCGUGCCAUGCCGGCACCCGAACUGCAGAGCUCGUACCAGCGCGUCGCUCGCGCCACAGCCCCGUCCAACGACUAUACCGACUCGCUCACAGGCAACAACCGCGCGAAAAAAGCCAAGACAAGUGCAUCAACGGCAUCCUCGCGGGCGAUGACAACCGUGAGUGCACCGCCUCGAGGGGCAUCGCCUCUCUGCCCCGGACACAGCGUCGAGUGUGCGCUUCGCCAAACCAAACGCGAAGGGCCCAACAAGGGCCGGUACUUCUUCACGUGCAGCUUUCCGCAAGGCGAGCAGUGCGACUUUUUCGAGUGGACCGAAGGCGCAGCUGUACCGCCAGCCAUUUACAAUGGUGGUCCGUCGGGCGACACGCCGCUGUGCAACCAUCAGCAGCCAAGCGUGAAGCGCGUCGUUGCCAAGGCCGGGCCAAACCAAGGCCGCGAGUUUUACACGUGCAGCUUUCCCCAAGCCGACAGUUGUGGGUUCUUUGAAUGGAAGGACGGCGAAAGCGGCGCGUCCAGUAAUGGUGGGGGUGGUGCAAGCUACAACCGCGCGGCGACAUCGCGCCCGUCUGGAGCCAGCAAUGCCUCGGGUCAUGUGUGUCUCUGCGGCGAGCCCGCAAUCGAGCUCACGGCCAAGUCGGCGGCCAACGCUGGCCGCAAGUUUUACAAGUGUGCCAAGCCCGACAAGAACGCGCAAUGCACCUUCUUCGAGUGGGCCGACUAG